GGACCAGUUUGUACUAAAAUUCCGGUAGUGCAGUUCAUAACCAGACGAAAAAAUGAAAUUUGUUGUACUUGCUAUAAUUUUUUCAGUCCUGUUGUAUCAGGCUAAUACCGAAAUAUUCUUCGCCGAUGGUGAUCCCGAAUCAUCUCCUGAUAAUCCCGCGUCUGAACCAGGAUCCGUAUCUAAAGCAACUACUGGUAAACCCACAAGCACACACUCGCCUGAAACAACUACUGUUAUAACCACAAGCACACUCUCGCCUGAAACAACUACUGUUAUAACCACAAGCACACUCUCGCCUGAAACAACUACUGUUAUAACCACAAGCACACUCUCGCCUGAAACAACUACUGUUAUAACCACAAGCACACUCUCGCCUGAAACAACUACUGGUAUAACCACAAGCACACCCUCGCCUGAAACAACUACUAGUAAACCCACAAGCACACCUCACCUGAAACAACUACUGGUAAACCCACAAGCACACCCUCGCCUGAAACAACUACUGGUAAACCCACAAGCGAACCCGCGCCAACUACUGGUAAACCCACAAGCGAACCCGCGACUGAACCAACUCCUGAAACGUCGACUUCAAGUGGAUCAAUUUUGGAAUACACUCAAAGAAUGUUUUUGAUAGGUGUAGCGGCUUUCCUGUUGUAUUAAUUUAACUACAUAAUAUUUAAACAUCUAAAUCAUAAAUGUAGCAAAAUUUACGAAAAUAAUUUUGCCACAUUUAAGAUAACCGCAUAUCACUCGAAUGUAAAGCAGAACAUAAAAUAUUAUUUUCCUUUCCAUUAUGUAUUUUACUAAUUUUUUGUAUGUCUAAUGCGGCAAAAUUAUUUUAAAGUAAAUAUAAUUACACCAUAUGUAAAUUAAGGAAUUCAUCACAAGUUCUAUCCAGAAUUGUCAACCUAAUGUGCUUAAAUUUUGUUUCUUGAAAAGAUCGCCUAUUUAUUAUUCACAUUUUAUAACAUAAUUAUUUUAAUUGUUAAAUGAAAUGCUGUAUAUAUAAAUUUUUACAUG